AUGCUGCGAGGAGGCCGCACACGAAGACGAGAACAGGGUGUCGGACCUGUAAGAGGAGGAAGAUUAAGGUGGGUUCAAAAUGAUCUAUUGAGUAACAUUUGGGCGGGCUACUUGGGUGUCGUCGGGGUUUCUCAUUGGCUUUUGGUUACAAAUGGAUUCCUGUUUCUUUACGGCUUCUUCUUCACUCCUUCGAGAAAGUGUGAUGAGGGUCGUCCAUCCUGUUGGAACUGUCUUAAACACUCUGUCAUAUGCGAUUUCCUCCCUGACGCAGGAGCUUCACCGGGAAGUACAUCAACAGUUAAUGGAACCGCCUCUCACAAAAACGCUGCAUUCAUCAGUGGGAAAGGAUUUUGGUAUAUUCCUGGCUAUAUAUGUCCAGAUGUCACCUCACCCAGCGGAACGACCUCCUACGAGCUAAACAUGCAAGACAUGGAACUCCUCCACCACUGGACCAUCUCAACAAGUCUCACAAUGACUUCAGACCCAGUCGUCCGCACCACCUGGCGCACCACAGUCCCCCAAAUAGCCUUCCAAAACCCCUUCGUCAUGCGCGGCAUCCUCGCCCUCUCGUCCCUCCACCUCGCCCACCUCACCCCCUCAAAACGAGACAUCUACCUCUCCCUCUCAACCUUCCACCACGAAAUGGCCCUCCCAGAAGCAACCUCCGUCCUCCCCGCCAUCGACGCCUCAAACUGCAACGCCCUGCACAUCUUCUCCAUCCUAACCGCCAUCCACACCCUCGGCCGCCCGCGCCAACCCGAAGACUUCCUCGUCGUGGGCGAACAGGGUAUCGCCAAAUGGCUCGUUCUCUUCCAGGGCGUUGUCCACAUCAUCGAGCCGUUUGAGGAGAUCAUGGCUCAAGGCCCGCUCGCGCCGUUCUGUACAGCACGUAUGCACCGCCAGCAACAACGCGUUUCAUGCAUUGAAACUGCAACGACUGAUUACCUCUCCUCGCUGCGGGAAAAACUGCUAACAUCCCUCUCCACCCCGGAAUACAUGGCCAUCUACACCGAAGCCAUCGACUCCCUCUCCAACUCGUUUAAUUUCAUGUACUCCUGCCCCGCGCACUCCUGGGAGAUGGGGGAUGUGUUUAUCUGGCUGUUCUGUAGUUCGGGGGAGUACCUUCACUUACUAAAAGAGGGCCGGCAGGAGGCGUUGGCGAUAUUCGCGUACGCGUGUGUGCUGUUUGGGAAGUUAGAGGUGUAUUGGUGGAUGGAGGGGUGGAGUGGGCAUUUGAUGUUGAAUUUGUGGAGGUGGUUGGAUGAGGAACAUAGGGGGUGGAUUGAGUGGCCGGUUAAUGAGAUUGGGUGGAGGCCGCCAUAUGAAUUGGUUGAGGUGGAGAUGAAGGAGUAG